AUGGCUUCUGCAGCUGUUCAACUUCCUGGUUCUCACGGCUCUCUGCUCUCAGAAAACCCCAGAGUCCCAGUCUCCGAAAAGCCUCACCAUGUCCAGGCUACACUCAACUUCUACAAAGAGAACGAAGAUGGCUCUCCCCCGGCACCAUCUUAUGUUGGCAAACCAGAGACUUAUGAUCGACCGGUGGUUCCUCUCGUGACCACCAUCCACGAUAUCAGUGGCCAUGAGCUGGACUACAAGCUAGACAGCCAUGGAUUCCAGCUUUACUAUCACGAAAGCCAAGAGAAAGACUUCCUAGACGAUGAGAAGAUCAAGAGAGAAUAUUACCCGGAAACAGAACAACUACUUAAAGACGCCACGGGUGCCUCUCGUAUCUUCAUCUUCGACCAUACCAUCCGACGGGCCCAAACUGAUAGAUCCAUUACUAGCCAGCUCCGCGGACCUGUGCAGCGCGUACACAUUGAUCAAUCCUACACUGCGUCCAAAAACAGAGUCUCCCACCAUCUCCCAGACGAGGCUCCCGAGCUCCUCAAGGGCCGAUACCAGAUCAUCAACGUCUGGCGUCCGAUCAAAACCAUCCUGAAGGAUCCAUUGGCGGUGGCGGAUGCCCACUCAGUCCCAGAUAGUGACCUUGUUCCCAUCGGGCUCAUAUACCCAGACCGCGAAGGUGAGACAUAUGCCGUCAAGCCCGAUCCGAAUAUCAAGUGGUAUUACCGCUAUGGGCAGACUCCGGACCUGGUGACACUUAUCAAAUGUUUUGAUUCCAAGGUUGAUGGAAGAGCUCGUCGUGUGCCCCAUACUGCUUUUGUUAACCCGGAAACGGAGCAUGAAGCGGGAAGAGAGAGUAUUGAAGUGCGAGCAUUGGUUUUCCAUCCUGAUGAUCGUGAUUAG